GGUGGGUCCAUGAAGACAGGGAAGAUGCCAGAAGGGGAGAAAAUGCAGCAUUGUAAGCAAGAAGAGGAGCAGCAGCAGAAAGAAGAGGAGCAGGAGGGUCUCAUCGAGUUCUACGGUUCCUACCAGGAGCUAUUCCAGUUCUUCUGCAGCAACACUACCAUCCACGGGGCUAUCCGCCUGGUGUGCUCCAAAAAGAAUAAGAUGAAGACUGCCUUCUGGUCCGUUCUCUUCUUUCUCACCUUCGGCUUAAUGUACUGGCAGUUUGGGAUCCUCUACAGGGAGUACUUCAGCUACCCCGUCAACCUCAACCUAAACCUCAACUCCGACAGGCUGACUUUCCCAGCCGUGACACUGUGCACCCUCAAUCCAUACAGAUACAGCGCCAUCCGGAAGAAGCUGGAUAAGCUGGACCAAAUAACCCAUCAGACACUGCUAGAACUUUAUGACUACAACAUGUCUCUGGCACGAAGUGACUCGUCCACGCUGUCCACACAAAAGCGUAGCUCAAGGAGCCUGCUCCAUCACAUCCGGCGCCAUCCACUGCGAAGGCAGAAGCGAGAUAACUUUGUCAACUUGCCAGAGAACAGUCCCUCAGUGGACAAGAAUGACUGGAAAAUUGGCUUUGUUCUGUGCAGUGAAAACAACAAGGACUGUUUCCAUCAGGCGUACUCCUCAGGGGUGGAUGCCGUGCGGGAAUGGUACAGCUUUCACUAUAUCAAUAUCCUGGCGCAGAUGCCUGACGCAAAAGCCCUGGACGAGUCUGACUUUGAGAAUUUCAUCUAUGCUUGCCGCUUCAAUGAAGCAACAUGCGACAAGGCGAAUUAUACCCACUUCCACCACCCCUUGUAUGGGAACUGCUAUACCUUUAACGACAACAGCAGCAGCCUGUGGACCUCCUCACUGCCUGGGAUCAAUAACGGUCUCUCUCUGGUGGUGCGCACCGAACAGAAUGAUUUCAUCCCUCUGCUGUCCACAGUGACAGGAGCCAGGGUCAUGGUCCAUGAUCAGAAUGAGCCAGCCUUCAUGGAUGACGGAGGUUUCAACGUGCGCCCAGGCAUCGAGACCUCCAUCAGCAUGAGAAAGGAGAUGACUGUGCGUCUCGGGGGCAGUUACAGCGAUUGCACAGAGGAUGGCAGUGAUGUGCCAGUGCAAAACCUGUACUCGUCUCGCUACACCGAGCAGGUCUGCAUUCGCUCCUGCUUUCAGCUCAACAUGGUAGAGCGCUGCGGCUGUGCGUAUUACUUCUAUCCCUUACCUGAUGGAGCACAGUACUGUGACUACACAAAGCACGUGGCCUGGGGCUACUGCUAUUACAAACUCCAGGCCGAAUUCAAAGCUGACGUGCUGGGCUGUUUCCACAAAUGUCGGAAACCUUGCAAAAUGACACAAUAUCGGCUCUCAGCUGGAUAUUCCCGCUGGCCUUCUGCUGUCUCAGAGGACUGGGUUUUUUACAUGCUUUCACAACAGAACAAAUACAACAUCACAUCCAAGAGGAACGGAGUUGCCAAAGUGAAUAUCUUUUUUGAGGAGUGGAACUACAAGACCAAUGGGGAGUCUCCAGCCUUCACGGUAGUGACUCUGCUGUCCCAGCUUGGGAACCAGUGGAGCCUCUGGUUUGGCUCCUCCGUCCUGUCUGUGAUGGAGCUUGCAGAGCUGAUUCUGGAUUUCAUCGCCAUCACCUUCAUCUUGUCCUUACGCUGGUUCCGUUCCCGGCAGCAGCUGUCCCCACAGGAACCCCCUCCAAAUAGUCAGGAUAAUGCCACUUUCCAAGAUGAGGCGCCGAGUCUCAGUGCUCCACACCGCUUCACUGUUGAGGCUGUGGUGACCACGCUGCCAUCCUACAACAGCCUGGAACCACGUGCGCUGGACAGGGAUGGUGAGGGGGGACAUGAAUGA